GAACCUUAUUCGGCUUUUUCGAAUUUGCUCUACUUCCACCACGAUGACCAACCCUUCUAGGUCUGGUGGGCACGAGUACGCUGUCGUUGCCGGUGGCGAUGAGUACGAGACAUUGCUACCUACACAUGCAAAGCAGGAACACGACGAUGAGCCUAAACCUCCAACCUCUUGGCUCACUAGACGUUCUUUCUCACUUCUUCACUUCGUCAGCGCCUUUGCAGGAGGUGUUUUUACUUGUAUACUCCUACAAUACGCUUUGUUCGGCAGGGCCAGUGUAUCCUCAUGUGGUUCCGAUACCCUUGAGAUUGUUAGUACCCAUCGGGAAGCAGCAGCACCUCCGUGGGUCGGUUCAACAACGGUACAUCACUACCCUCCGUUAUCCCCGACCAAUGUGUUCCCCAGCCUGUUCCCAACCGACGUUGGUUUCGCUGGUGGAACCCCCACAGGCGGAGAACCGGCAGUCAUUGUGACCGCUCCCAGCUAUCCUAUCCACACUGGGGCGGCACAACUCGUUGUCCCAGAGUCUUCAGGACCACACAACCACAGUCACUUCGACUUAUUUCAAAAGUGGGGAAAUCUUUCCCCUUGGUAUAGCAUCAAAAAGGGUGGAUUUGGAAUCGAUUCAGGACCAGAGGUCCCCGAUACGUGUAGAGUUACGGGUCUACAUUUCUUGCAUAGACACGGAGCAAGGUAUCCGACUGCUUCGGCUUCUUAUGCUGGACCUGCGACCCUUGCUAAACGGCUCAACCAAGCCGCUAGUCAAUGGACAGCAUCAGGCGAUUUGAACUUCUUGAACGAGUGGACGUACAAAUUGGGCGAAGAAUUGCUCACACCAUUUGGACGACAACAACUCUUUGAUCUCGGAAUCUCCAUGCGCCUCAAAUACGGCUUCCUGUUGGAAAAUUUCACGGAUACCAACACAAUUCCAGUAUUCAGAACCGAAUCUCAGGAUCGCAUGCUUCACUCAGCUCUCAAUUUUGCUUUAGGAUUUUUUGGUCUCCCACUCGAAGGUCAAUACCAGCAGAGCAUCACUAUUGAGGCCCCUGGGUUCAACAAUACUCUAGCGCCUUACUAUAGCUGCCGGAAUACUGGCCGUAGCUCUGUUGCCGACCGUGGUACCUGGUAUGUUAAACGUUGGGCCGAGAAGUACUUGCAGUCUGCCAGAAAACGUCUCCAAGCUCAGAUACCCGGUUACGAGUUGACCAUAGAAGACGUUUUUACUAUGCAGCAGAUGUGCGCAUAUGAGACUGUUGCUAUCGGCUACUCCAAGUUCUGCGAAUUGUUCACUGAAGAGGAGUGGGAAGGGUUCAAUUACGCAUUUGAUCUGUCGUUUUGGUACAACUCUGCCUUCGGGUCUCCGGUCGGACGCGUUCAGGGUGCAGGAUGGGUGCGAGAAAUGAUUAGCCGUUUGGAACGCAAACCUGUCACUCAGGAAGAUAAUAAGUUCUCGAUGAACUUCACACUCGACGGUGAUAUACGGACUUUCCCGGUCAACCAGAGUCUAUACGUAGAUGCCACCCACGAAGUGGUCGUCCUAAACAUCAUCACUGCGCUAAACUUGACGAAUUUCGCGCAAGACGGACCGUUACCUUUCGACCAUAUUCCUAAGAACAGAAAAUUCCGAGUGACCCAGCUGGCCCCAUUCGCGACAAACAUCCAGUUCCAACUCUUAUCGUGUGACUCGCAACCAGGGCCACAAAUCAGAGUGAUAAUCAAUGACGGUGUUACCCCACUGUCCGGUAUCGAAGGAUGUCCUUCCAAUAACAAUGGUAUGUGCCCAGUGGAAACAUUUGUGCGCGCGCAGAAGAAGCUACUCGAUACGGUUGAUUGGGACUGGGCCUGCAAUGGCGAUUGGGACGUUGAAGAAGGACCGAAAUGGGAGACGGUGACGGGUGAUCCACCAGCGAAAGGGACUGUAUAGGGUGGCGUACAUAGACCGAGUUAACUUGCUACGGCCGCGCGUUUGGCUCUCUUAACAGGUCAACGCAUUACCCUUACCGUGUUUAUUUCCGUAGUAAUCUACAGAUUGAAUACACAACUCGCCC